AAUCGAUAGUUCUCCUCACCUCGAUUUAUAGUAGUCAUCGAUGAUUUCAGUGCUGUGAAAUUUGAGAAAAUAAGCUAGUCGGAUGUUCUGAGGAAUAACAAGUGUUUUUAUAUUUUGAACGAAAUUUCUGAUAAUACAAUUCACUAAACAUGCUGUCAUCUAUUGUAUUGCGUGGCGCAGCUCGCUGCAAUGCCGCAAAUCUUGUUAAGUCCGUGCGUCUUACGCCACUGAAGGCCUACUCCACCAUUGUGGCCAACACGCAACGUCAAGCUUUGGCAAAGCCUUUGGCACUGACCAAAUCAUUAGUGCCCAUUGCAAAGCGCGAGAUUUCAGUGAGUGCUCCUAGAAUGGCUUCAGCUUCCAGUAACCACACAGGCUUGUGGACUAUUGAGCGUAUUGUGUCUGCCGGUCUCCUGGCCGUCAUUCCUGCAGCCUUCAUUGCACCCUCGCAGAUAAUGGAUGCACUUCUAGCUGUGUCGGUUGUCAUUCACACCCAUUGGGGCGUUGAAGCUAUGGUUGUCGACUAUCUGCGUCCAGCAGUUGUUGGCAACAUUCUGCCAAAGGUUGCUCACAUUGCUCUGAUCAUAAUAUCCGUUGCUUCCCUUGGCGGCCUCUUUUACUACAUUAAAAACGAUGUGGGUCUAGCCAAUGGCAUCAAGCGCUUCUGGUCAAUCAAGGGCAAGGAAUCCGCUUAAAUGCUAACAAGGGAAAACGAGUACGGAAUCAUAUAAAAUCCAGUUAUUAAUUGUCUUUUAGUAAACGAACGAUAUGAUCUAGACGAUUGCUUGUUAGUCAUUAGCAGUAAAUAAAAAUAAAUUGUAAAAAGCA